AGUGUUUCAUGUGAUAUUGCAAAGUUCUACCAAGAAGUCCACACCCAAAAGUUGAUUCUGUGCAAGAAAAGAUAUUACACCAGAACUCUUAUAUGAGUUCAACUUGACAGCUGAAUCAAUGUUAGUGUCCUGUCCCACAGACAUUACACUGAGACAUCCAAGGGAACUUACUAAGCUGAGGACAUUUGGUCUGUGAGAGCAGAUCUGUCAAUGGCUUCACAGACCAUAAACUUCAUCACUUGGAAUGUUAAUGGACUUAAAAGACAAAGAGAUCAGAAAUUUCAAGAACUACAAAAUGCUGACGUUGUUUUUUUACAAGAGACACACAUUGGAGUAAGAGAUAUUAUAGAACACUAUAAAGAUGAGUGGUAUAUUUUCUACACAAAGUACACCUCCUCCAGCAAGGGAACAGCCAUACUAGUGAGGAAAAGCCUAGAUUUUGAACACAUAAGCGAUGAAAAAGAUAACUGUGGAGCUUAUGUUGUAUUGAAAUGUAAACUGAAAGGUCAGCCAUACACUCUGGUUAGUGUUUACAACCAUCACACAGACACAAAAACCCUUGAUAAACUUUCAAGGUACCUGCAGUCAAUGACCACAGGGCUGCUGGUGAUCGGUGGAGAUUUCAACACAGUUCUGAAUAGAUUUAUUGACAAAAAAUGGAGCAAGAUUACAAACAGUACUCAUAGUAAAUUGCUUUUAUUUGUGGAGAAGUUCAUGAAAUCUCUUCAGUUGGUUGAUAUCUGGAGAAGAAAGAACCCCAUAAAGCAGGAUUAUACAUACUACAUAAAAGACUCUCCUGCGUCCAGACUGGAUUACUUCUUCAUUCCAGAAGAAUGUAUGUGGCGUGUCAGAAGUUGUGAAAUAAGAGAUUUAGAAAUGAAUGAAAACAAAGACCAUCAGCCGGUGUCUUUAGAGGCAAACAUUUCUGCAAUGCCUUUUCAUGAAGAUCGCCAGAUACAAUCGGUCUUCCAAUGGCUGAAUCUAAAACAGCAUCUUUUGACAGAUGAGACAGGUUCAUUACUGGGUGAAGAAAGCUCACAGGCAGUCAGUGAGGUUGACAUUGUGUCAGCUGUAAAUUCUCUUCAAGUGUCAGACACACCGAGACCAGACGGCAUCCCAGUUCCCUUCUACAAAGACAACAUUCAGGAUCUAAUUCCAUACAUAAAGAUGCUCUAUGACAGAAUCUACAGCGGUGCAUUAAACUGCUCUGAGAAACACUUUAAUGAAACUGUGAAAAGUCAACAUGACAAUAGUCAACACUUCUUUAACGUGGACUUCCUCAUCAUUGCAACUAUUCUGGCAAGAAGACUGGAAGACGUCAUGGAGUCUCUUCCAAAGGGGCGAAUACCAAAAGAUUCAGCUACUCUCAUGAUCACUCCUAAAACACAUUAUGCUUUAAUAAGUUUAAGUCAAAUUAAGGAUGAGCUGGAACAGCAAAAAAAUUCAAACCCGACUCUGAGCCAGGAUCUUCUCAUAAUAGAAAACCUCCUCAAUGAUGCAAAAGAAGAUUUUUCAGUGGAGAAAUACAAAGUGCUGAAUCAGUGUUGCCCUUUGACCCCAGGACUCAUUACACUUGCUCUGAAAAGCUACGCCUCACAGUUAUUUGACCAUUUAGAAAACUUUGGGAUUUUUAUUUUCAAACAAAGUGUGAUAGUUUGCUUUCAACCUGAGGACCUAGAUAAGGUCAAAGCUAUUGUGAAGGACAGUACUAGUGAUGUAUAUGAAAUGGAGAUAUUAUCCAGAGGAAAUGGUAAACUGCUUCAAUUAAACUGCUCAGGAAACGAUUGUAAGGAUGAGGACUGUGAUAAAUGGUACAUGGAGACAUUUCUGAAUAAAGAAGAAAAAUCAGCAGUAGAUGAAAGGGAUGAUGGAACUGAAUAUAAGUCUAAAAUCUAUGAUGAAAAGGAAUCAAUGGAUGUGGAUGAAAGAUCAGCCAUUUCUGGAGCCCCAGAAGAAGAGAUGGAAGCAUUGAAGAAGAAUAAGCCUCCACUGCUUCCUGUCCCAUCACAAUCUAGAACUUGCUCUGAUGGACUUUCCAUUGACCCUACAAUGGUUAGCCAAGGUACUAAAAGAAAACGAGAUCAUGAAUCAUCUCACUCGAAUAUAGAGCCACCACUGACAACAGAUAUGAUCACGGAGGAUGCUAGACAAAUUCUGAAAAGAGUCACUAAAAACUCCAAUCAAAUCAAUAUAGGCAGCAGGAAGAAAGCAACCAUAGGGAUUUUUGGAAAAUCAGGAGAAGGAAAGAGCUCCCUUUUAAGUGCAAUCUUGGGGAAAAAGGAUCUCUUACCGUCUGGUUGUUUUGGUGCCUGUACAGCUGUUGUUACUCAGGUGGAAGCCAAUCUGAAUGACUCCAACUACAAAGCAGAGAUCGAACUCUUUUCUCAAGAGGAAUGGGAGAACGAGCUCAAAGAUCUUUUCCGAAAUAUAAAAGAUGAAAGUGAGGACAGGAAUGAUGACUUGUUUGAAAUUGCUGUAGAAAAGAUCACUGCGCUGUAUGGAGUUGAUGCAGACCAGAAAACGUUAGAAGAGCUCAAGAAUGAUGAAAGAUUUGCUGAGAUUAAAACUUAUUUGUCUGUCAGUAAGAAAAUAAUCUCAAGCAGUAAUCUUUCUGAAUUUACCAACGAUGUUGCCAGUUACAUACAACACAGUGAGUCAAGUUCUGGUGGCUGGUACUGGCCGCUUGUGAAAAGUGUGACGAUCAUGAUACCAGACUGUCGUGAACUCCUGGAACACAUUGUGCUUCUUGAUCUUCCUGGGACUGGAGACUGCAACAAGAUUAGAGAUGACCUGUGGAAAUCUAAACUGAGAGAGUGCUCUUCUGUGUGGAUUGUAAGUGCUAUCAAUCGAGCAAUCACAGACAGAGACCCCUGGGGGAUAUUAAAGCACUGCAUUGAAGAACUGGGACCAGGAGGAAAAUGCAAAAGGAUCAACUUCAUCUGUACAAAGACUGAUGAAAUCAAUACAGCAGCGUAUAUUAGAUCUGCAAGGCUCCCAAGAGACCAAAUCUCAGAAGACAAGGAUCAGAAAAAGGCAUGCAUACUUCAUAGAAAUGAUCAUGCCAAGACAAGAGUCAAAGAAAAGUUUGAAAAUUCUGAAAUCAAGAAAAUAUUCAUUACUGACAAUCAGUUUCAAGUUUUUACUGUAAGUUCUGAUGCAUUCUUUGACCACAAUUUAAAUCUGGAAUCAAGUGAAACAGAAAUCCCAAAGUUGCAGGAUGAUCUGAGGAAUCUUAACAAGAGCAUUAACAGAGAACUGACUAAAGAUUAUGUCAAUAAAGUAAAGGGAACAUUGCUCUUAAUUCAAAGUGGCCAGCUGGAUCCAGACAAGAAAACGAUUGAAAUGAAAGUCAACAUCCGCAACAAAUUUGAAGAGAACCUAAGGAGUUCACUAAUUGAACUGGACAAAUAUUUUGACAGCAUUUAUAAUGAACUGGAGCAGCAUCUCUCAAAGGGAGUGGAAGAAUCUGUGCAAUUUUGUGUUGCUUCCACAAAGGCAAUGAUAGCACCUAAUAAAGAUGGAAGGGGGUUCCAUAAAAUCCUUGGAGCAUUGUGCAAAAACUACGGAUGCUAUUGGUCAAAAAAUUGGGAUGUAGUUCUAGACCUGAACAAAACAUUGGCCAAGUAUUUGCACAAAUACAUUGAUGAGGAUUUCCUUAAAAUUUUUCCUGUGACCGGGAAAACAGGGAAGUCAGUGCAGGAACAGAUUGAUAAAUUCAGUAUCAUCCAAAGUGACUCUGCUUACCCCAGCUGUGACAUACUACAUUACAUUCAGAACUUCAUCGAAAUAGAGGAAACCAAACUGAAGGAAGCACUCAACAGAGACAUUGUUGACAUGAAGAAGGACAUCUACUCAUCAAUCAAAAUAACCAUUUUGAAUCAAAUGGCUUCUUGCUAUCAGCAAGCUGCAGCUGUGACAGGAACAGGAUCCAUGAAGAUAAAGCAAGAUCUGUUAAUAUCCACCGUCGAUAAUAUAAAACAAGACAUGUUCAACAAAGCAAAAGUGGAAGUGCUAAAAAUGUUUAAUAACUUAAAGCUGGACGUAAAGAAUGCUCUUGAAAGUGGACUCCAGGAAGCAAUAGAAUGCUCACAAUCACAAACCAGCAAAAAGAAACGGAUGGAUGUCUCCAGAGAGAUUGAACAGCUGGAAAGACUUCUAGACCAACUCUCUGACUGAUGCUAAACAAACAAUAAGAAGCCCAAGAGAAACAGCACAAAUCACCAUACAAGCAUAACAAUUGUGUAACAAGUGUAACACAUUUUCAGUCAAUUUUUUUACAGCAAACAUUUUAUAUUAAGUGUGUUUAUUUUUAUGUGGUGGAAGAUUCAUUUUCAUAAAAUUUCUGAACUUUGGGUUUUAUAUUAGCUAGGGUAGCAUGAUACACAAACUGUAUACUGAUUUGUUGCUUUUUAUUAUAACUGUUUUAUAGCUAAACAUGGAAAGUACAUUAAAAACGUAGCCGUCUAAUUUUCGAGAACCUUAAUACAUUUCUGUCAGGACCAAAUGUUUGACACUUAGCAUACAGUUUGGAGUGGGGGUAUGGUUCUGUUCUGGGUAAAAACUCCCUGCCCAUCCAUGCAACUUGUCAUGAAUGAGAGGGGAGAGCAGCAAUAACCCCCUUAGGGUUAACAGAACAGAACCCGAUGUAGCAUAUACAAUUAAUGUUCUUAAUGAUAUUUUAGUGUGACAACACUAUUAACAUAACAGAAGUGGGGUUGGGGAUGGAGGGGGGAAAUUUGCUUCCGAGCAACUGAUAAAGCUCCUGAAUGAUACUGAAUAGACCUCAUAUGCUGUGAUAGGCAUCAUAUUCCUAUGUAGAUGAUAGGGAUAUAACGAUUGACCACAACCCGGUUGAAAACCGAUUCAAAUAUGUGACGAUUCAAAACGGUUCAGAUGCUAAACUAGAUUCAUUUAGGGGUAGGAGUUUAUAUGAAUGCAUGUCUUUAGAAAAGUUUAGAUGGUAUGUGUUAUUUUCGUCUUGCCUCUGUAUAAUGCAUAUUAAAGUUCAUAAGUGCAGCGCUGCUUCGUUUACAGCAGAAACCAGAGAAACGCUUUAAGCACCACCUGCUGGCAGAGAGUGACUCUGCUUCUCAUUCAGCUUGUCUGCUGUUUCAUGCAGAUAUUUUUAUGUAUAGUUUCACAAAACUGAAGUCAAACCAUUCUGUUUUUGCUUCAAAAUUUCUAAAUUAUACAAUCUAAAUUACAUUAAAAACUGCUUAUGUUGCAUGUAUGCACAGCAUCUGUUUGGGUCAUGAUUAAAAUGUAGAAGUUACAGAGCACAGACAAAGCCUUAUUUUAAUUAUAUGAAGAGAUUUAUUUUAUUUGUGUUAUUUAUUUGAUUUGG